AUAUUUUAUCCAUUUCAAACUGUGAUAGUAUUAUAUUAUUAUUAAAGGUGCGUGUUAACGUAGGUAUUUAAUUCAAAUAUCCUUGUAGACUGAUUGUAGGACGUUUUGUGUAUGAGUACAACAAAUUAACACGGCACACGUAUUAUAGUAACCGAGUAGGCACUAUAGAUACUCUUAAAUCGUAUUUAGUACUUUUAAGCAUUAAGUAGUGAUUGACAAUCGAAAAUCGUAUCGAAUCAUUUCAAUAGAAAUUUAUUAUUAUUUAUCCGAUGUAUAAACAAGAUACGAGAGCUUAAACAUUCGAAAAGAGUCUAUACGAGUACGUGACAACUGACGGCGGACGCGACGCGCAAACAAUAUCAUAAUAUUAUAUACAGAAUAGCGGACACUUGACGUCUUGACCAAUCAAUUUAUUGAAAAUUUUAAGCGCACAUCAAUUCAUUAUAUAAUGGCAACAAAGUUAAACCCAUGCAUAUCACUUCCAAUUGGUUUGGAUAAAAAUGAUUUUCAAGAUCUCAUACAGAAGGUCAAAGAUUGGACCAUCAUGCACGGAGGUAGCAUGAGGUCAAAAACACAAUACAACUAUGAUUCCUUGACUGUGGUACCGUUUACACUAUUACCAUCGGUUUUCCCACGGUCUGAAUUCCAAAAAGCAGUUGCAAUACAACCAGCGCUGAAUGAGCUUACACAUCGAGUAGCUAAUGAUCAUGAAUUUUUAUACUCUUGUUUAGAAAAAACGAUAGAAGUUGAUGAAUUUACUCGUAAUUUAUUUAAAUUGUAUGAAACUAUGCGGAAUGAAGGUUUCACGCAGCGCUUGAGCCUGGGAAUAUUGCGCUCAGACAUCAUGCAGGAAAAGGAAGCAAGCGAUGAUCGCAUCAAACAAGUUGAAAUGAACACAAUUGCUAGCGGAUUUGGUUGGCUUGGUGUCGUUUCCGGGGACAUUCACAGGUUUGUUUUUCAACAGUUGGGUUUGUUGGACAAACUGAAAGUGUUACCCGAGAAUAAUGCAUUACAAGGCCUGAGUUCAGCGAUCAUUAAAGCUUGGGAACUGUUUGGCGAAAAAGAUUCCGCUAUCUUGGUGAUUGUUGAAAAUCAUCCGAUGAAUAUCUGCGACCAACGUUUCCACCAAUUCGAAAUCGCUCGUCUGAGACCAGAAGUCAAAGUCAUCGUCAAGACGCUGACGCAGAUAUUCAAUGAAGCAAAGCUAUCAGAUUCCAAAGACUUAUUAGUCCAGGGGAAAAAAGUGGCCGUCGUGUACUACAGGGCCGGUUAUUCGCCUAAUCAUUAUUUCGGCGAUGCUGAAUGGUCAGCACGCUUGAUGAUUGAACGUUCGACAGCUAUCAAGUGCCCGAACAUUCAAUAUCAUUUGGCGGGAACUAAAAAAGUACAACAAGCUUUGGCGACUCCGGGAAAUCUAGAACGUUUUGUUAAAGACGCCAAAAAAGCUGCAGAAAUCCGAAAAGUGUUCACGGGAUUGUACUCCCUGGACUUGGACGAAAAUGGUGAAAAAGCUGUCAAAAUGGCUUUAGAUGCUCCGGAUCGGUUUGUGUUGAAACCGCAAAGAGAAGGCGGGGGCAAUAAUUUGUACGGAGAGGACAUCAGAAAAAAACUCAUGAGCUGCAUGAACAGUAAAGAACGAUCAGCUUGGAUUCUGAUGGAUAAAAUAAAUCCUCCCGUCCAACAAAAUUACUUAAUUAGACCGAAUCAGGAUUUCGAGAAAAACUCUUCCUUAUGCGAAGUUGUAUCUGAGAUAGGCAUCUUCGGUACCAUAAUAUGUGACGGUGAUGAAAUAUUGUUUAAUGAACAAGUGGGUCAUAUGAUGCGCACAAAAUUGACAUCGAGCAAUGAAGGUGGUGUGCAUGCUGGUGACGGUGUGUUGGACAGCCCAUUCCUCAUUGAUGACUAGUGACUACCCAAAAAGUUAAUAAUUAUAGCCUUGGGAACAUAUUAUUCAAAAUUAUUUUACUUCUG